CGGGCAGGGCGAGGGCGGGACGCUGCUCCCCCGGUGCCCGCGCGGCCUGCGACAUGAAGAAGAACCAGACGACGGUGCAGGGCACCUUCAGCAAACUCUUUGGGAAGAAGCACGGCCACGCCGCCGCCGCGUCCCUCUACGCCACCAACCCGCCCUGGAUUUUCACCCACGAGGCCCCGGAGGAGGGGACCCGGCGCUUGGAUGGCAUCUAUUAUGGAGAUAAUCGCUUCGACAUGGUGAGCGAGUCGGGGACAGCCACCCUGAAAGCUCGGCCCCGAGUCCGGCCGCUGCUGACCUUCCUUCCACUGAACACCCAGGAGCACCAUGGGCUCGCUGUGCCCACCCCCUCUGUCCCAGAAGGCUUUGCAGACAAAGAAGUGACAGGGCCCAGCUCGCUGGUGAAUGGCCACCUGCGCCUCUACAGCUCCGUGGGCGACCUGAGGCCUGGGCAAUAUGGCCCUGACCCUCCCAUCCCCCCGCCGCCCCCAGGCCCCGCCCCAGGGCCGCCCCAGGACCCUUCACCAUCUCCCCGGGAGUCCCCACCUCCACCACCCCCUUCCACGGCUCCCCCCCCUCCUCCCCUGCUGCUGGAACCCCCUCCCCCGCCCAGCACGGCCCCACCUCCGCCCCCACUGCUGGACGCGGGGCCUCCCUCCACCACCCUUUCCCCCCCAUCCACGCCCAUCCCUCCCGACUUCAUCCCCCCGGCCCCGCCACCGGCGCCUCUAGAUCCCUCUCCCCCCUCUUCGCCAGCCCUGGGUCCCCCAGCUGCCCCAGCCCCGCGGUCUCCCCACACCUUGGGGAUCCAGCUCUUUCCUCCUGGGGGAGUCACCAAAUGGAAAUCAGAGGCAGCACUGAAUGGCAGGCAGCCGGAGACCCCCAGAACCAGCCCCCCCAGGAGCCCCGCUGCCCUGCAAGGGGGUCCCCUGGGAGCCAGCCCCGAGCCCCAUCUCACCUUUCCGCGCUCAUUCAAAGUGCCUCCCCCCACCCCAGUCCGCUCGUCCUCCAUCCCCGUGCCCGAGGCACCAGGAGCUUGCCCAGAGGAAGCGGGGUCCCCCAGGAAGCCCCCCAGCCGCCUCCCCCUGCCUCCCAGCUUCCACGUCCGCCCUGCCUCCCAGGUGUACCCCGACAGUGUCCCCGAGCCCGACCUCCCCAGGGAGCCCAGGCCUGAGGAACCAGAGAGCCCAGGCCUCAGGCUGUCCCCCACCAGCCAGGCCCAUGAACCAGCUGGGCCUCCCCCCCCAGCCCCGCCCCUGCCCCCUCCUGCACCCCCAGCCCCUCCCCCCGCACCCCCUCUCCCUCCCGUGGCAGAGCUGGCAGCCCCUCCAUCUGUUGGAUUGGUGAAAAGCUCCACAGCCAGUGCCCCCGCGCUCAAAGCCACCCCCAAACCCAAGCCCCCCAGCCCGGACGAUAAGGCCUCGCCUGAGCCCCUGGACUGGCGCCACCCCGGCCAGAUGGAGAAGCUGCGAAGCGAGCUGGCAGCCUACCUCUGCGGCCCCCGGAGAGAGGACAGGGCCCUGGGCCCCAGGCCAGGCCCCGCGGGGCCCUCGCGGGAUGCGGACGGCAAGAAGGACCACAGGCCGCCAGAGAAGCCAGCUGGCCCGGGCCUGCCCAAGAAGAUGCCCACAGGGGCGCCUGGGCAGGGCCCCAGCCUGGCAGAGCACGAGACCAUCGGCAGCCUGGUCCUUCCCCCCGUGGACUACGCGCCCCAGGACACACCAGCCCCCAGCGUGCGACAGAUCAGGGAGGAGCUGGAGGCCCGGCUGUCCUCCUCAUCCAACAGAGACGCCAGACCCAGUGGAGGGGCUCUGCCGCCCAAACCUCUGCCAGACAGGGGAAGAACCUUUGAAAAUGGGACCAUGCCCACGGCCAAGAAUUCACCACCUCUGUCUACUACGCAUCUGCCCAGCGCCACCACACCUGGGCCUUCCACACCACCUAAGGCCACACCUGGGCCGGCCAUGCCACUCAAGACCACACCUGGGCCUUCCAUACCACCCAAGGCCACACCUGGGCUGGCCACGCUACCCAAGACCACAGCUGGGCCGGCUACAUCACCCAAGACCACAGCUGGGCCUGCAACACCACCCAAGGCCACAGCUGGGCCUUCCAUACCACCCAAAACCACAGCUGGGCCUUCCACACCACCCAAGGCCACAGCUGCGCCUCCCACACCACCCAAGACCAUACCUGGGCCUUCCACACCACCCAAGGCCACAGCUGGGCCUACGGCAUCAUCCACAGCUACCCCUCUGCCCAUCACAUCAUCAUCGCUGAGAGAGAAGGAUUUCAUCGCAGGUGGGCAGGAGGAGAAGCCCGAGUCUGUCAAAGGUGUCUGGGAAGAGCGAGAGCCGGAGGCCGAGAGGCUCCCCGCCCAGAGAGCAGGCUGGGCUCCAGCCCUCCCAUCAAAGCUGUCCCCCGGCCGAGAAGACGCCCCCUUUCUCUACAAGCCCCACCGUGGCCACAACAACCAGAGCAGAGAGGUGGCCGUGGUGAGCCCCACGCUGGCUGGAGGAGAGGCGGCCGGGGAGGGGCGCGCGGAGGGGAGGGAAGCCAAACCCCCGGCCCCAGACCAGCUCCUCAGACACCCGGUGACCGGCGAGCUGGUGGAGCGCGGCUCCCCGAUGGCGCUGCUCCUGGCGGCCAGGCAGAGGGCGCAGAAGGGGCGGCCUGGGGGGACCCCGGGACGGUCCUCCCUGCCGGGGAGCCUCCGGGGCCACGGCCACGGCAGCCAGCCCGAGGCCGCCGGCUCCGACAGCAUCUUCUACAACGCUGGGCGCCCCAACUCCUUCACGGUGGUCCCCAAGUCACCCCACGAGGCCGAGGACUCCAAGCUGACGGCGGCGGCUCCCAGACAGUGGGUGUCCCGGCCUCACCCGGAGGCCACCCAGCCCAGCCUCCGGCCCCGGUGGACCAAUGGGGAGCCCCCCACUCCCUGGGCCAGACCGGCCCCCGCCGCUGGCCUCCCCAAGUCCUUCUCGUCCCCCCCUUCCCCCGCCUACAAGAGGGAGGAGCAGGAGGAGCUCGGCUUCGAGCUCAUCCCUCCGCCCCCCGAGUUCAGCAACGACCCCGAGCCCCCCGCCCCGGCCCCCCAGCAUCCGGGCCGCCGGCGAUCGCCCCCCAGGAACAACUUCUCCGAGCUGGGGCGGCCCCUGGACCUGGCCCCGCCGGCGCCCGGCUUCUCCCGCUUUCCCUGCCCGCGCUACCCUGGGGCCGGGGGCCUGGAGCGCUUCUCGGGCGCCGGCCGUUCCCUCAUCAAGAAGCGCCUGUACGUCGGGGAGCCCCACCGUCACCCCGGGACGCCCCGCGGCGCCACGGGGCGCAGCCUCAGCUCCCCCAACUGCUUCGGGCCUCCGCCUGGAGGCCCCGAGAUGCGGCGCGUCAACUCCGCGGGCCGCGCGCGCCCCACCGGCCCCCACGCGCGCCGCGCCUCCCUGGAGGGCAGCGGCCGGGCCGCGGCGGAGCCCAGGGCCGCGGCGCCCCCCGGCGGCGGCGGCGGGGACUACAGCCUCGGCCCUCCCGCAGCCAGGUCACCCCACGGCAGCGGCCACUACAGAAGCCCUGUCAACACAUUCACCGUGCGGCCGGGGACCCGCCACCCCAUCUCCUAUGCCUACACUGGGGCCCAUCGGAAAGCCGCAUCCUGAGCCCGGGUCCUCGGCUCUGCUCCAAGGGGUUGGAGCUGGGCACUUGCUUAGUGAGGGAGGGGAUGGGAGUUCGCAGCAGGUGUUAGACACGGAGGAGUCUUUGUUCCCCCAAGACAGACAGACAGACAGACCAGCAGAUGGAAGAUAGUCACCCGGGGAGGAUGGAGCCAGCUUCUGUUUCCCAGAGCACCAGUGCUGCUAUGCAUUGUGGGCA